AAAAUGAUAAUGGUAUCGUCAUAAUAAUGGUAUAAGUAAACAAUAUUAAAUAAAUUAAACAGAAAUAGUGAAUUGUUUUAAAUAAAUAAAAUAAAAAUAAAAUGAUGACUUUAAUUUUAGUUACCAAAUCCCGUGCCGGCUCGACUACCUGUCUCGCGAGAAUCUGCGAGGUGAUAAGUUGAAGAAACAUGGCGACGUCUAAUUUGUUAAAGAACAAGGGGUCCCUGCAGUUUGAGGACAAGUGGGAUCUGAUGCGACCCAUCGUCCUCAAGCUGCUCAGACAGGAGGCCGUCACCAAGCAACAGUGGUUCGACUUGUUCUCAGAUGUCCACGCCGUGUGUUUAUGGGAUGACAAAGGACCAGCCAAAAUCCACCAGGCCCUCAAAGAGGACAUCCUGGACUUCAUCAAACAAGCACAAGCUCGGGUCCUGAGCCACCAGGACGACACGGCGCUGCUGAAAGCGUACAUCGUAGAGUGGAGGAAGUUCUUCACCCAGUGCGACAUCCUGCCCAAACCGUUCUGUCAGCUGGAGAUCACGCUGAUGGGAAAACAAGGCAGCAACAAGAAAACCAACAUGGAGGACAGCAUCGUACGGAAGCUGAUGCUGGACACGUGGAACGAGUCGAUCUUCUCCAACAUCAAGAGUCGUCUGCAGGACAGCGCCAUGAAGCUGGUUCACGCCGAGCGUCUGGGGGAGGCCUUCGACUCGCAGCUCGUCAUCGGCGUUCGGGAGUCGUACGUCAACCUGUGUUCAAACCCGGAGGACAAGCUGCAGAUCUACAGGGACAACUUUGAGAAAGCUUAUCUGGACUCCACCGAGAGGUUUUACAGAACACAGGCGCCGUCUUAUCUGCAGCAGAACGGAGUCCAGAACUUCAUGAAAUAUGCAGAUGCGAAGCUGAGAGAAGAGGAGAAGAGAGCACUUAGAUAUUUAGAGACACGACGUGAAUGUAACUCUGUUCAGGCACUGAUGGAGUGCUGUGUGAACGCCCUGGUGACCUCGUUCAAAGAAACCAUCUUAGCCGAAUGUCCGGGGAUGAUCAAACGCAACGAGACCGACAAGCUGCACCUGAUGUUUUCCCUCAUGGACAAAGUUCCCAGCGGAAUUGAACCGAUGCUGAAAGACCUGGAGGAACACAUCAUCAAUGCUGGACUGGCCGACAUGGUGGCGGCCGCCGAGACCAUCACUACUGACUCUGAGAAAUACGUGGAGCAGCUGUUGACGCUGUUUAACCGCUUCAGUAAACUGGUGAAGGAGGCUUUUCAGGACGACCCGCGCUUCCUCACAGCCAGAGAUAAGGCGUACAAAGCUGUCGUCAAUGACGCCACCAUCUUCAAACUGGAGCUGCCUUUGAAACAGAAAGGAGUGGGCAUGAAGACUCAGCCCGAGUCCAAGUGUCCGGAGCUGCUGGCGAACUACUGUGACAUGCUCCUGAGGAAAACUCCCCUCAGCAAGAAGCUCACGUCGGAGGAGAUCGAGCUCAAACUCAAAGAAGUGCUGUUGGUGCUGAAGUACGUCCAGAAUAAAGACGUGUUCAUGCGUUACCACAAAGCUCAUCUGACCCGGCGCCUCAUCCUGGACAUUUCAGCCGACAGCGAGAUCGAAGAGAACAUGGUGGAGUGGCUCCGAGAAGUGGGAAUGCCGGCGGAUUACGUGAACAAACUGGCCAGGAUGUUUCAGGACAUCAAGGUCUCGGAGGAUCUCAACCAGGUCUUCAAAGAGAUGCACAAACACAACAAGCUGGCGCUGCCAGCCGACAGCGUGAACAUUAAGAUCCUGAACGCCGGCGCCUGGUCCCGCAGCAGCGAGAAGGUUUUCGUGUCGCUGCCCACGGAGCUGGAGGACCUGAUCCCGGAGGUGGAGGACUUCUACAAGAGGAACCACAGCGGCCGCAAACUCCACUGGCAUCACCUCAUGUCCAACGGCAUCAUCACCUUUAAGAACGAGGUGGGUCAGUACGACCUGGAGGUGACCACGUUCCAGCUCGCCGUCCUGUUCGCCUGGAACCAGAGGCCCAGGGAGAGGAUCAGCUUCGAGAACCUCAAACUGGCCACGGAGCUUCCGGACGCGGAGCUUCGCCGAACGCUCUGGUCUCUGGUCGCCUUCCCCAAACUGAAGAGACAGGUGUUGUCCUACGAGCCUCCGGUGACUUCGCCCAAAGACUUCACGGACAGCACGCUGUUCUACGUCAACCAGGAGUUCUCACUCAUUAAAAACUCCAAAGUCCAGAAGCGAGGGAAGAUAAAUUUGAUCGGUCGGCUGCAGCUGACCACGGAGAGGAUGAGGGAGGAGGAGAACGAAGGAAUCGUUCAGCUCAGAAUACUCAGGACUCAGGAGGCCAUCAUUCAGAUCAUGAAGAUGAGGAAGAGGAUCAGCAACGCGCAGCUGCAGACGGAGCUGGUCGAGAUCCUCAAGAACAUGUUCCUGCCUCAGAAGAAGAUGAUCAAGGAGCAGAUCGAGUGGCUCAUCGAGCACAAGUACAUAAAGAGGGACGAGGCGGACAUCAACACCUUCCUGUACAUGGCCUAAGACGGCGAGUUGAGCAGAAGGUGGCGCUGUUUCUUUAUUUACUAUUGGCCUGAAAAGUGGCUGCUUUAAAAAAUCCUGAGAGGUAACGAGGAGGAAAAGGAGCGUUGGAAGGACGAGGAAGCCCGUUCAACAGACGUGUGGAUUAUUUUUUUUUGUUUUUGUGUCACUGGAGUGUAGCGUCGAGUCGUGUGUUUGUCUCUGCUGCCCUCUAGUGUCAGAUCAGAGGAGGAGCACGGCGGCCAGCAGCUAAGAAUCCAAGAAAAGAAAGAAACUCGAAUGAAACGAAAUACUUCCUGCCUUACUUUCAUCAGCAAUGGACUGCAGAAGAAGAAGAGGAGGAGGUGGAGGAGGAGGAGGAGGAGGAGGAGGAGGAGGAGGAGGAGGAGUAGCUGAUUUCAAUCCUUCGCUUUCACUUGAUGCCACAGCUGCCAUAUUAGCGGCGGCCAUUUUGCUUCCCUCCUACUCUACAUUGGACUUGUUUUUGAACGGGGGAAUGCAAAAAAAAAAUGAAUAAAAAUAAAAAGUGAAAGCUGCCACUGAGGAGGAGGAGGAGGAGGAGGAGGAGGAGGAGGAGGAGGGAGGAGGGAGGAGGAGGAGGAAAACUAGAACUACCGAGGAGUAUUUUGCCAAAUUGUGUGGAUGUGUGUUUGGGUGCAUGGUGUGUAUCUGGUCUUUUAAAUGUGUGUAUGUGUGUGCACUUUCAACAGCAUGCUGCUCUUAUUAUAAUUAUUAUUAUUAUUAUUAUUAUUAUUAUUAUUAUUAUAUUUUCUUCUUCUAUGGAGGAAUCUGUCACACCUUAUCUGGAAAGGUUUAAUCCAUAUCGUUUGAAUCUGAUCCCCUCCGGCUGCAGGUAAACUGUGUUCACGCUCGUCAUGAUGCAAACUAUUUAUUUCAUUUAUGAGAUUAAAUCCUUCACAGAGAGACAUGAAUAAACUGCUCACCAGGUACUUUAUUUUAUUUUAUGUUAUUAUCGUUUGGACUCUGCAGAGAAGUGACGAGUCUCGGCUUUAACUGUUGAGAGAUGCUGUGAUUUUAACGCGAAUUUAAAGGGCUCAAAAGAAACUGGGACGGUCAGAAGCUGAUUCACAAUUUCAUUUUUUUUCUUUUUGUCAUCAAUCCACAGAAUAAGGAUUUUACAGAAUUACCUCUUCACUUCCAGAAAACUUUAAUCCUAAUCUCAAAUUCCUUUUUUAUCUAAUUAGAUGAAUGAACUCCCGUCUUCACAGGAAACGUGAAGUAACUCCCCCCUCUUUAUUUAAACCAAUCAACUCAGAUUAAAGCUGAGAUUUAACACUUUUAUUAUAGGGUCAGAUUUUAAAUUUAAAUGUACUGAAGAACAAAACAGUCCAAAAGCUUCUGGUCUGCUCUGGGCCGCACAAACACUACGAUAUUAACCUCGUUAACCUGAGUAUUUGGGUUGACUCAAGUUUUUCUUUUUUUUUUUUUUUUUGAACCCACGGACUCAGAACAGUGUUAGAGCUAAUUAACGCUCACUCACUCGUUGAAUCAGUCGUUUUUUCCUCCGUGGAGACGAAGAAGAAGCUGCACACUAAAAAAAAAAAGAUCAAAUAAAAUUAGAGUAACUCGAUCUGUGCUCUGGAGGAUCGGUUCAGACUUUUUUCCAACUUUAACCUGGAGCUGAUGUGAAGCUCCUGGAAGUUGCCGUCAUCAUCCUGCUCUUUCAGAAAUAACUUGUUCUUGGUCUGUUGAUCUCAAGGUUGGAUUAAAUCUCCAAGAAGGAUGAUUCUCCCUUAUUUUUACCAUGUACUACUGAAUUACCACCUCCUUCCGAACAUCACAACGGCCAUGAAGCUAAAAUUUAGAUUACAGUGCAUCCACUAGUGUACCUAAUAAACUGGCCACACACUGUUCAGUGAGAGUAUCGUGGAUUUUAUUAAAAGAAGAAAUAAGUCUGAACCUUUCCUCCAAAAUGUUUUAUUGUAUUUAUUAAUAAUCAUGCACAUAAACGGUUUUAUGUUAAAAAGCUGGAAAGUUUGCACGUGUGACAAAUCACUUUAGUAGAUUAGGCUGCACAGAGACGUAUUUAUUUAUUUUUAAUCCGAGGAUUCAAUCAUGAGACGCUCAAUAAAAUCCAGUCGGCCCUUUUCUGCUGCUGCUGCUUCCACAGUUCAUGUGUUUUAGGUUUUAGGCGAUAAUUCCUGCAGCAGCUCCUCAACGUGUCUGAAGAAACUUCAGCUCAACCAAUUCGGCAGGAGUUUUAAAAAUAUAUAUAUAUAUAUAAAUAAAAUUGAAAUAAAUAAAAAGCUGCUGAGUCAAAGUUG